AUGACCACUGAGGACAAGACCUAUGCGGAGAAAGAUGCCCCCGUUGCGGCGUCUCACUCUGGCCUCGACCAUGAGGCAGGUGUCAUUGAAGAUGUUACCGCAAAGGAGAACCACGCCUUGAAGAGAGGGUUGAAGGGCCGCCACAUGCAGAUGAUUGCUAUUGGUGGUUCAAUCGGAGCUGGUCUCUUCGUCGGAUCAGGAGGUGCUCUCUCUACUGGUGGUCCGGCUAGCUUGAUCAUCGGCUUCCUGAUCGUUGGAGGUAUGCUUCUAUGUACCGUUCAGUCUUUGGGAGAACUUGCGGUCAUGUAUCCGGUCAACGGUGCUUUCUUUGACUAUUCCCUCCGCUUCUUGGACAAGUCAUGGGCCUUUGCUAUGGGUUACAACUACGCUGUUGGCUGGCUGGUCGUCCUUCCCUACGAGCUCACUGCGGCUGGUCUUACGAUCAAGUACUGGCGCCCCGAUCUAAAUAUCGGUAUCUGGAUUGCCGUAUUUUUGACUGCAUUGUUCGUCAUCCAAGUUUUUGGAGUCAAAGGUUAUGGUGAAGUUGAAUUUAUCCUCGCCAUGAUUAAGGUUACUGCCAUUCUAGGCUUUAUCAUCCUCGGCAUUAUCAUUGACUGUGGUGGUGUUCCAACUGAUCACCGAGGCUACAUUGGAGCCAGUUAUUGGCACGACCCUAGUAAGGGUGGUGCUUUCCGAAAUGGCUUCAAGGGUUUUUGCUCUGUCUUUGUUACCGCUGCAUUCUCCUUCGGUGGCACUGAAAUGGUGGGACUUGCUGCUGCCGAAACUGCAGACCCGCGCCGGACCAUUCCGCGUGCGACCAAGCAGACCUUCUGGCGUAUCUGUCUUUUCUACAUCAUUUCCCUCUUGCUAAUGGGCUUGAUUGUGCCCUCGAACAGUCCAGAGCUCCUCAACAGUGGUGAUUCUGAUACAAAAGAUUCGGCCUUUGUCCUUGCGAUUAAGCUCGCCGGAAUCAAGGGUCUUCCAUCCGUCAUGAACGUUGUCAUCACCAUCUCAGUUUUAUCCGUCGCAAACUCUUGCACCUACGGCUCUACGAGAACCUUCCAGGCUCUUGCCCGGAAGGGAAUGGCUCCCGCUAUAUUCGCCCGCGUGGACAAGCAAGGUCGCCCGUGGGCUGCAGUGAUUCUGCAGCUUGCGUUUGGGUUACUCGCUUUCGUCAACGAGAGUUCAGUGGCUGGUGGCCAAUUCUUCACGUGGCUGCUUGCCUUGACUGGUUUGAGCUACUUCUUCACUUGGGGAAGUGUGUGCCUUUCGUUCAUUCGAUACCGCGCUGGCUGGAAGGCUCAGGGCAGAUCUCUGAGUGAGAUUCCCUGGCGAUCCCAGCUCGGUCUUCCCGGAGCUUGGAUUGGGUUCUUAUUGAACUGUUUGUGUUUGAUUGCAACCUUCUAUGUGUCUCUUUUCCCCGUUGGAAGCUCGCCAAAUGCCGAAGGUUUCUUUGAGGAUUAUCUUGCUGCACCCAUCGUCAUCGCUUGUUACAUUUUCUGGAAAAUUUACGACAGAGAUUGGUCUUUGUUCAUUCGAACCAGGGACAUGGAUCUCGACACCGGCAGGAGAGAAAUCGACCUUGAGCCACUUCCCGAGGAAGACUACACUGGAACCAAGGGCAAGUUCCGGGCAGUGUAUCGCUUCUUCUGUUAA